ACAUUGAACGCAUUGAAAGUCUUGCGUUUAGAGAGAGAGGAAAGGCAGGCAGGUUCCCCGUUCUAGCCUGGUUGUUGAAAAAGUCGAUUGUUCCAGUCAUCGCGAGAAGACAAAAAUGGUUUCGACGGAGGGAUUGGUGCCGAUAACGAGGGCGUUUCUGGCUUCUUACUACGACAAGUAUGCUUUUCCACCCCUCUCAAACGAAGUUUCUCGUCUCUCCGAUCAGAUGUAUGCCAUGGCUGUCGAACUUCUUUCGGGCUCUCCUACUACCCCAGAGGAAAGCUUAUUGGUACAAGAAGCUGAGCGUCAACCCCCCCACAAGGUCGAUGAAAACAUGUGGAAGAAUCGAGAACGGCUUGAAGAGAUCCUUUUCUUGUUGGAAUUCUCUCACUGGCCCACAGCGCUUCAACAAAAGCCAAUUGUCGAAGAUGCUGAAUUGGGUUCUGCUCUUGGGCGGCUUCAAGCAAAAUUCAAAUCUACAUUGAAGAAUUUAGAAGACUUUCAAGCAAAAAAUUCAGAGUUUGUAUUUAACACAGAUGCAGUUAUGACAUAUAUGCCACAAGACUUUAGGGGUACAAUAAUCAGGCAACAAAGAGAGCGCUCAGAGAGAAACAAACAGGCUGAAGUUGAUGCUUUGAUUAACUCUGGUGGGAGUAUCCGUGAUAAAUAUGCUUUGCUAUGGCGACAACAGAUGGAUCGAAGGAGACAAUUAGCUGAGCUUGGUUCCGCAACAGGAAUCUACAAGACUCUAGUGAAGUACUUGGUUGGUGUGCCAGAGGUUUUGUUGGAUUUUAUACGACAAAUAAAUGAUGAUCAGGGGCCAAUGGAGGAGCAACGACAACGUUAUGGGCCACCUCUGUAUAGCCUUACAAGAAUGGUGCAUAAUAUUCAUCUAUUUCUGUAUGUGCUGUGGCAGCAUCUCAAUUCCAGAACAUUGCAGAAAUAUGAAAUAACUAGCCUGGAAGAAGCAGCUGAUGUCUACACUUCUGAAUUUGAAAGAUAUAUCAAAUUUAUAGGGGAAGUCUUCUCAAAUUCCCCCUUUUUCAUUACUGCAGAAGAUGCUGGUACAAUGGAUUCCAGGAAAGCGGAUGACUAUAAGGAAAUAAAUGUGCCAGCUGGGGACAUUCAUGAGGUGUCUUUAACAGUCGAAUCGCUAAAUUCAUACAUUGCUUGGGAUUUCUUAGUGGUGCAGGGCAAAUUGAAUCAGGACAUUGGUUUCAGCGUAGAGUGCACAGAUCUUUCUGGGAGAAAAACAUUGAUCUUGCCUUACCGCAGAUAUGAGGCUGACCAAGGUAAUUUCUGCACAUGUGUAUCGGGGAACUACAAGCUCAUCUGGGACAAUUCAUAUUCAACAUUUUUCAGAAAGGUCUUGCGAUACAAGGUGGAUUGCAUUCCUCCUGUUGCGGAGUCGGCACUUGCAAAUGAUUGAUUGAUAGAUUACAAAGAUUUUACUCGGUGCAUGUACUUGCUUUUGUUUAAGUUGGUGCACUUUGGUGUAUCAUUUCAUGUUUUCCCAGUUAACCUGAAGAUCCCAUCGUACUACUAAGUUAAAAUCUGGAAACCAUGAUUUGCCUUUUUGUCAUGUCAGUUGUGUGCACUGUACCUAAACUUCUCCAUGUUAUUUUUUGGGACUAUUGUUUGUAGGGGAAAUUGAGAACUACAUGUAAGAUUUUUCUUGAUGAGAUUGUUACCCGCAGCAUUUUAAUCUCCA